CGGGCUUCGAUGCAGGCGCUGCUGCUAUCCGUCGCGGCCUUCAGCCCUUCUCCGCUGCCGCUCCGCUCCGCCUCCAGCGGCUGCGGCGGCCGCGCUGCGCUGCGUCGCGCGGCGCCGCGGAUGCCGAUUGGCGUGCCAAAGGUGGCGUAUCGCGUGCCUGGCGCUUCGCGUGCGGACUGGGUGGACAUCUACAACCGGCUGAACCGCGAGCGCAUCAUCUUCCUCGGGCAGGAGAUUGACGACGAGAUCGUCAACCAGAUCGUCGCCGUGAUGCUCUUUGGCGACUCGGAGGAGCCGGGCAAGCCAAUGUACCUGUACGUCAACUCGCCGGGCGGCUCCGUCAUCUCGGGGCUGACGCUGUACGACACGAUGCAGCUGAUCCAGUCGGAGGUCGUCACCUGCAACAUCGGCCUCGCCGCCUCGAUGGGCUCCUUCAUCCUCGGCGCCGGCGCGCCCGGGAAGCGGCUCGCGCUGCCGCACUCUCGUGUGAUGAUCCACCAGCCGAUGGGCGGCGCGAGAGGGCAGGCGGAGGACAUCCGCAUCGAGGCCGAGCAGAUUCUCAAGAUUAAGCGGCAGCUCGUCGGGCUCUACUCGACGAUGACGGGCCAGACGCAAGAGAGGAUCGAGGCGGACCUCGACCGCGACAAGUUUAUGUCGGCGGAGGAGGCGCUCGAGUACGGGCUCAUCGACCGCAUUAUCACGUCAAUCGACAACGCUGCUGACGCGUAGAGUUUGUGGUGUCACUGGCAGAGCGAGUCUAGCACUGGCCACUCUGCCGCACUGGCACUGCUGUGUGGCAACUGGGGCACUCUUCUUUGAAAUGUAUAAUCUGUUCGCUGUUCU